UUGUCAAGCCGGUCUAUGUGGCGUUUUCUUAGCUAAAAUGAUUUUGUUUUAUUCUUAAUAAAUAAUUGUUCUUAAAAAUCUGAAAUUUAAUUAAUUAGCAAUUAGUUUUGUUUAAAGUAGUUGUGAUAUUAGUUGGAGGAGUCUCAAAUUUAUCCAAUUCGAAUCUCGUAACCUCCAAAGAUGUUUGGUCUUAACAAGAAAAGUACCUCUACUACAGCAGAUAAACAAGAAACAUUAUUAACAUUAUCUAUAUUAACUUUGGCUGCAAUUUUAUCAUUUGCUACAAGAUUAUUCUCAGUAUUAAGAUUUGAAAGUGUCAUUCAUGAAUUUGAUCCAUAUUUUAAUUACCGCACUACCAAGUAUUUAGCAGAGCAAGGCUUCUAUUCUUUUCACAAUUGGUUUGAUGAUAGAGCAUGGUACCCAUUGGGGCGUAUCAUAGGAGGUACCAUUUACCCGGGCUUGAUGAUAACAUCUGCUGCUUUGUACCAUCUCUGUUGGUUUUUGAAUAUCACCAUUGAUAUACGUAAUGUGUGCGUAUUUCUUGCCCCAUUGUUUUCGUCCUUUACGACAAUCAUAACAUACCUGUUAACUAAAGAGAUUAAAAAUGCAUCUGCCGGUUUGGUGGCCGCCGCAAUGGUAUCCAUUGUACCCGGUUACAUCAGCCGCUCUGUGGCUGGAAGUUACGAUAAUGAAGCUAUUGCUAUUUUCUGCAUGUUGUUGACAUAUUACAUGUGGAUAAAGGCUGUGAAAACUGGAACCAUUUUCUGGGGAACAUUGGCUGCUUUAGCAUAUUUCUACAUGGUUUCAUCUUGGGGAGGAUAUGUAUUUUUGAUCAAUUUGAUUCCGUUGCACGUAUUGGUUUUGAUGAUUACCGGCAGGUUUUCGCAUAGGAUUUACGUUGCUUACAGCACGCUUUACUGCGUUGGAACAAUUCUGUCGAUGCAGAUCUCGUUUGUCGGUUUUCAGCCAGUUCAAAGCUCAGAACACAUGCUUGCUCUCGGCGUUUUCGGCUUGUGUCAAAUUAUGGGUGGUAUUGAUUACUUGAAGAGUAAAAUGAGCGAAAAGGAUUUCGAAACGCUCUUUGUUACACUUUUGUACACAGUCGGAUCCUGUUUACUUUUAUUGGUUGGAAUUUUAACGUUCUCCGGCAAAAUUUCACCGUGGACCGGACGUUUUUACUCCCUUCUUGAUCCAUCUUACGCUAAGAAUCACAUUCCUAUUAUCGCAUCAGUAUCGGAACAUCAACCUACGUCUUGGAGUUCCUUUUAUUUCGAUCUGCAAAUUUUGGUAUUCUUGUUCCCAGCAGGACUGUACUUUUGUUUCAAAGAACUAACAGAUGCCAACAUAUUUUUGAUAUUGUACGGUGUUACUAGUAUCUACUUUGCGGGUGUAAUGGUCAGGCUGAUGUUGGUUUUAGCACCGGUCAUGUGUAUUUUGAGUGGAAUAGCAGUGUCUCAUUUACUAACGAAAUUCAUGAAGAACACGGAUGGAGCUAAGCCACACGCUCACGAGCAUAAGAGACCAAAGAAAUUGGAAUCGAAUUUUGUCUUGAAAAACGAAAUAUCGCUCACGUUCAUCGGAAUCACUUGUUUGCUCCUUAUUUCGUAUACGUUCCAUUGCACUUGGGUCACAUCCGAGGCAUACAGUGCGCCUUCAAUUGUGUUGAGCGCAAGAUCUCACGACGGUGGUAGAAUUAUUUUCGAUGAUUUCCGUGAAGCCUAUUAUUGGUUGAAAAUGAAUACACCGGAAGAUGCUAAGAUCAUGUCUUGGUGGGAUUACGGUUAUCAGAUUACCGCGAUGGCGAACCGAACUAUUCUCGUGGAUAACAACACUUGGAAUAAUACACAUAUUAGUAGAGUUGGUCAAGCUAUGGCCAGUUCAGAAGAGAAAGCUUACGAGAUUAUGAAAGAGUUGGAUGUCGAUUAUGUGUUGGUUAUCUUCGGAGGAUUGACUGGUUACUCGUCGGAUGAUAUUAACAAGUUCCUUUGGAUGGUUCGAAUUGGUGGAAGCACUGAUAAGGGCGCACAUAUUAAGGAAUGGGAUUAUUAUUCACCAAACGGAGAAUUCCGAGUUGAUAAAGAUGGGUCACCUACUUUACUGAACUGUUUGAUGUACAAAAUGUGCUACUACAGAUUCGGGCAAGUCUAUACUGAAGGUGGAAAACCACCGGGCUAUGAUAGAGUCAGAAGCGCAGAAAUUGGCAAUAAAGAUUUCGAACUGGAUGUCUUGGAAGAAGCUUACACCACUGAACAUUGGUUGGUACGCAUCUACAAGGUGAAGGAUUUGCCCAAUAGGGGCGUUUAAAUAGAUAUUAUUUUUUACGAACCUUUUAUAAUAAAAUAUUCUACUAUUAUACUAACAGUGAAUAAAAU